AUGAGAGACAAGUUUUAUCCACCAUCCUUGAGGAAACAAAAAGAAGAUGAAUUUCUACACUUGCAACAAGGAACAAUGAGCGUGUUGGAAUACGCAAAUAAGUUUAUGGAGUUGUCAAGGUUUGCACCAGACUUGGUGUCGACAGAGCAGUCCAGGAUGAACCGUUUCGAACGAGGUCUGCACCUUAAGUACCAGGAUAGGUUGUCCACUCAGAGGUUUACUUCAUACCAGGAUAUGGUUGAUAUUGCAGCUAAUGUGGAGCGAGUGGUACUACUUCGAGAAGCGAAGAAUGUUGGGUAUAAAAGGAGAAAUGAUAACCAAAGCCAAGGAGGAGCAAAGAAGCCCAACCAAAGUUACCAGGGAAAUCAAAGGAGGAAUGAUGGUAAUCAAGGAAAUAAUAGGGGACAAGGAUUUCAAGGAAGGAACAAUCGGUCGCAAGGAUGUGCCAAAUGUGGAAAAAGGAGUCAUGUUGAGAGUGAAUGUCGUGUGGGGAAAAAUGCUUGUUACCGAUGUGGAAGUCAUGAUCAUUACGUCAGAGAUUGCCCAAAUCAAGCUGCUUGUAAAUCGGAUAAAUAUUAA